UCGUCAAAGCUGGAGCAGUCAAAUUUCAAUCCAAGAAAUUCCAGAGAGAGAGAGAGAGAGAGAGAGAGAGAAGAAAACGAAGAAGAAGAAGAAGAAGAAGGAGGGCAUUGAAGAAAAUGGAGAAAUAGUAUUUAAUUUCGAUUUUAUUUUUAUAUAAUAUUGAAGAAAAAGAAGAAGGGCAAUUGGAUUUCUUUGGAAUUUCUAUCGGUCUCUCUUUCCAUUCGCCUCCACAAACGCGCAUAAACCAACCAAAGGGGGAUCGAAUUCCUCUUUCUUUUCCACUGACCUUAAAAAGGGGCCCCUUUCAGGAAGAUUCAUUGAGUUUAGCUCUCUCACAGCAGAAGAAGAAGAAGAAAAGGAGCGAAACCCGUCAACGAGAGUAAGAGUUUCCUCUCUCUGAUUUGUUGAUUGCUUUUGAGUUCUGGUUCUGGGUUUCCCCGGAAAGAGUGUGUUCUUGGAUUUCGGAGACUCCGAGGUUGUCGCUUGCUGUGUAAUUUCACCUGAAGGUGUAAUCUUUGGAGCCUAAGGUUUCAUAAAGUUCUGAUUUUGGGCAAGAACAGUCUGUUAACCUCGGUUUCUUGGAGGGAAUAUUGGUUACCUUCGACCUCGGAUUGGUUAAAUCUUGUCUAUGGCGUGUGCUGCGAUUUUCUCAUCCCUGAGAAGGAGGAGGUCCCCCUCCCUGGAGGUGUUCUUGGCCCCGGUGGACCUCUCCGAUAUAACCCUCGUGCAGACCCUCGCGUCGAUCUCGGCUGAGCUCGUCUCGUGCUUCUCGGGCAAGUCCCUCUUUUUCCAGCGCAAGAACUCCCGCUCCCUGAUUCGUCGGAUCGAGGUAUUCCUGGUCCUGUUGGAGUACUUGCGGGACUCGGGAUCGAACCUUCCUCCUGCUGCUGUUUUAUGCUUCAAGGAGCUCUACCUGUUACUGUACCGGUCGAAGAUACUGCUCGAUUAUUGUUCACAAUCGGGAAAGCUAUGGCUCCUGCUUCAGAACCGGACGAUCUCGGGGCACUUCCAUGAUCUAGAUCAGGAGAUAUACACCCUGUUGGAUGUUUUCCCGAUAAAAGAUAUCGAAUUGAGUGAAGACAUAAGGGAGCAAAUCGAGCUGUUGCAGAGGCAAUCGAGGAGGGACUGCUUGUACAUAGACAAGCAUGACGAGGCCCUGAGAGUUCAGUUCUUUGGUUUCCUUGAGGAGUUCGAGAAUGGGAGGGUCCCCAACCCCAUUCAGCUGAGAGUGUUCUUUACGGAGAAAUUGAAAAUUCGAGAUGCUAAGAGCUGUAGGGUGGAAAUCGAGUUUCUGGAGGAGCAGGUGGUGAACCAUCAGGGGGACCUGGAGCCCGCAGUCUCAGUGCUUAAUGGGUUUAUUGCCCUCCUGAGGUACUGCAGGUUCCUACUUUACAGGUCUGAGUUAGAGGAGGAUGAAGUUGAGUAUGGUAUUUCAAAGAACCUGAAGAAGAAGAAGACAAAGGGCCUGAUCACUCGGGAGAUGGCUGAGACCUUUGUCGCGGUUCCAAAAGAUUUCUGCUGCCCAAUUUCACUGGACCUGAUGCGGGACCCCGUGAUUACAUCCACGGGGCAGACGUAUGAUCGGAGUUCAAUCUCGAGGUGGGUACAAGGAGGCCAUGUUACCUGUCCGAAAACAGGGCAAAUGCUGGCUCACUCAAAGCUGGUACCAAACCGGGCUCUGAGAAAUUUUAUUCAUCAGUGGUGCUCUGCUCAUGGAAUCCCAUAUGAGCCACUUGAAGCCGUUGAUUCCUCGACGGAGUUUCUCACGGCGGCUUCUCCCUCAAAGGCUGCCUUAGAAGCCAAUAAAGCCGCAUCGGCUCUUCUUGUUCAGGAGCUCAGGGAUGGUUCUCAAGGUGCAAAGUGUGUGGCUGCAAGAGAGAUCCGGCUCUUGGCCAAGACUGCAAAGGAGAACCGAGCUUUUAUUGCCGAAGCUGGUGCAAUACCUUAUCUUAGGGAUUUACUCUCUUCGACAAAUCCCGUAGCUCAGGAGAAUUCCGUGACAGCUAUGCUUAACUUAUCAAUACAUGAAAAGAACAGGAGUCGGAUUAUGGAGGAAAUGGGUUGCUUGAAGUCGAUAGUCGAAGUUCUAAGACAUGGGCAUACGACUGGGGCCAGGGAGAAUGCUGCAGCCACGUUGUUUAGUUUGUCUGCAGUUCAUGAUUACAAGAAGAGGAUUGCCGAUGAGGAAGGGGCUGUAGAGGCCCUGUCGGGCCUUCUGCGUGAUGGCACUUCCAGGGGAAAGAAGGAUGCAGUAACAGCCCUCUUCAAUUUGAGCACCCACACGGAAAAUUGUGCGAAGAUGAUUGAGUCCAAGGCAGUGGCUGCCCUGGUUGGCGCUUUGGGGGAUGAGGGGGUUGCGGAGGAAGCAGCCGGUGCUUUGACCCUGAUUGUGAGGCAGCCUCUCGGGGCAGAGGCGGUAGCAGGGGAAGAGUCAGCUGUGGCGGGCCUGAUUGCAGUGAUGCGAGGCGGGACUCCACGGGGGAAGGAGAAUGCGGUGGCAGCCCUGCUUGAGCUUUGCCGGAGUGGUGGCAGUGUCACAACAGAGCGAGUGAUCAGGGCCCCUGCCCUGGCUGGCCUGCUCCAGACUCUCCUUUUCACGGGAACCAAGCGGGCCCGGAGGAAGGCAGCAUCCCUGGCCCGGGUCUUUCAAAGGAUCGAGAAUGGGCCAUUGCACUUGGGUGGUUUGAGUCCAGGGUAUGCAUUUGCGGGGAAUUCAGGCGUUAGCAGGAGUUCGGGCUUUGGGGGUGAUGUCUCGAUGCCGGUAUCCAUCUCCGUGCCCGUUUUGUAGUAGUAAUGGAAUAGCGAAGACAACAGUACACCUUUUUCUUCUUCUUCCGUUCCCUUACCCUCUCCUCCUCUCCUUUUGAUAUUCUUGUCCCCCCAUUCUAUUGAUUAUGUACACAAAUUCUUUUAUUGGAAGAUACAUAAAGCCGAUAAGAAGAACUUAUAGAAAUGUCUCAUACUUCUUUUGCAAGAAAUAAGGAAUCUCAUGUUACAUC